AUGGCUGAUCGCCAGGGAGAAGAGCUUCGGUUACGCGACGUCGACAAUGAUUCGUCUGCGUUGGUGGAGGAGGACGCGGACGGCACGCUCGACAAGCCGACCGUCCGGCAGACCGUUUGGCGGGUGACCAAGGGUCUGGCACCCGUGGUCACCAUCUACGCUCUCGGCUUUUGGCGCGUGGCGUCCGCCAGCGUCUGGGUGCUCAUGCCUUUCUUUUUCUGCUUGUCGGUCGUCCGCGAUCUCUUGCGCGACGCCGGCCGGACUAAGCGCCGGCGUGCUCAGCUGGCCGUGGCUGCUGAUGAGAAGGACCUGAUCACCGCCAACGUUUCUGAGCUACCGUCCUGGGUGUUCUUCCCAGACAUCCACCGCGCCGAAUGGCUCAACCAGAUUAUCAAGCAGAUGUGGCCGUUGAUUAGCGUGUAUGCUCAGAGUACCAUAAAAAAAACCGUGGAACCAAUGGUCGCCGAGAGCCUACGUGAAUACAAAAUCAACAAUUUUGCUUUUGACAAGUUACGACUGGGAUCAAUACCGCCCAAAAUCGGAGGUGUCAAAGUGUACGAUAAAGUGUCGCGGGAUCAAAUAAUGUUGGAUAUAGAUGUUAUUUUUGCCAGUGAUAGUGACAUAUCGUUCUAUGUUAGUGGAAUUCCUUGCGGUAUCAAAGACUUCCAAAUUCGUGGUAUGAUGAGAGUAGUUAUGAAACCAUUGCUCACUACUUCACCUCUGGUAGGAGGAAUGCAGAUAUUUUUCCUAAAUCAACCCGACAUUGAUUACGAUCUGAUGGGAGUUGCCGACGUACUGGAUAUGCCUGGCCUCAAUGAUGUAUUAAGAAAAGUUAUUUCUCAACAAGUAGCUGCUUUAAUGGUUUUACCAAACAAAUUGCCUAUUGUAUUGAGCAAUGAAAUAGCUGCACAUGUAGUUAAGUUACCUGAACCAGAGGGUGUCUUACGUGUACACAUCUUUCAAGCUAAAAAUUUGGUGGCCAAAGACAUGAGUUUAAUAAGAAAAGGUAAAUCUGAUCCAUAUGUCAUUGUGACAUUGGGUGCACAACAAUACAAAACCCAUACAAUAAACAAUGAACUGAAUCCUAAGUGGGAUUAUUGGUGUGAGUUUGCAUCCUUCUCUCCCAGAGGACAAGUGUUGAAGCUUAAACUUUAUGAUGAAGACGAAAUGGUGGGCAAAAAACAUUCGAAUCUAGGAAGAGCUUCAAUACAAAUUGGUAAUGUUGCAAAAACUGGAUAUUUUGAUAAGUGGAUCAACUUAGAGGACACUAAACACGGCAUGGUACAUGUGCGUAUGCUUUGGUUGGACUUGACUUUGGAACAAAGUGCACUAAAGAGGGCCCUUACUGAAACCCAAGAACUACGAAUAACAAACCUGAGUUCAGCUGUGGUGAUGGUAUACGUAGACUCAGCGAUUAAUUUGCCGAACGCUCGGGCCCAAAGCAAACCAGAUCCAUUGGUACGAGUAACAGUUGGUCAAACUACCCAAAUGACUGUAGGAAAGUUACGCACUGAACGUCCUGUUUAUGAACAAGGAUUCACGUUUUUGGUGAGCAACCCUGAAACAGACACCAUCGAAUUUAAGGUUAUAGAUCAAAAAACAAACACUCAAUUGGGGUUGUAUGUGUACGAAUUGUCAGCACUACUACUUGCCCAAAAUAUGCGAGUUGAUACUCAACCUUAUGAUCUGAUAAUUGACAGCAAAAACCAACAGCAUGACAGCAAAUUAUUGUUUUGUUUGCAACUUAAAUUUUUGAAAAAGCUGCCAGUAUUGGUCGAUGUUAAUGACGACACACCUACGGUAACGAAACCACUAUCAAGACAGACCUCUAUACAGUCUACAAAAUCUGUGAACAGUGUUAUAACAUCUGCAGACGUCUCUGAGAUUCAGUCAUCGGCUGUUGGAGUUAACACACCCACUGAUGGUAUGAGUAGAACUUCGUCGAUUAAAAGAGAUUCAACGGUGUCACGAAGUUCACAUGCCGGUGGCGGUGAUCAAGAACCACUAGUUGAGCAAGCUGAAACUACCGAACUGUUAUCCGAACCAGAAGAACCAGCUCCCGGCACAGGUGUUUUAGGCAGCAUACAACUUACAUUAACGUUCAGUGUGGCCAGACAACGUCUCAACGUUACUAUACACAAAGUUGUUAACCUACCAAUCAAAGAAGCUUCAGACAUCCCUGAUCCUUAUGUCAAGUUGUAUGUGCUACCCAAGAAAGAAAACAGUAACACCAAACGAAAAACCGAAACGUACAAGGACAACUGCAAUCCAGUUUACGAAGAAACAUUCGAGUACAUCAUGGGAGUGGCAGAGUUGAAUAGCAAACAGCUGGAGGUGACUGUCCUGACCAAGAAAACGUGGCACAGUCCAGUUUUGGGUCAGAUAGUGUUGAACAUUAGCGAUUAUGUCAACGUAAACACUCCCAGUUUUACUGGUUGGUUUGAUUUAGAAACCGAAAUCAAAGAAGGCACCGUUGGCUAA